AUGACCACCUCCGCGUUCAUUGGCGCAUUGCAACGCUUCACGGGUUUUAGGGGUGUACCACGAGAAAUGCACUCUGAUAAUGGAUUAAAUUUUCGAGGCGCCAAGGCGGAACUGAAUGAGCUGUUUAAACUGUUCCGGUCUCAAACUGCGGUUGAUCAAAUAGAAGGUUUUUCCCAGCCAAAGGAAAUCACCUGGUCCUUUAUUCCACCUGAGGCACGACACUUUGGCGGUCUGUGGGAGGCGGCCGUUAAAAGCGCAAAAUAUCACUUGAAACGCACGCUGAAGGAUGCUUGCUUGACAUUUGAGGAAUAUGCGACAGUCCUGACACAGAUUGAGGCUAUUUUGAACUCUCGACCGCUCUACUCUACCUCACCCGAUCCCGGUGAUCCCAUGGUGCUCUCCCCUGGCCAUUUUUUGAUCGGGCGUCCAAUAACGGCGAUCCCUGAGCCGAGUUAUGAAAACACCAACGUCAAUCGACUUAAUCGUUGGGAGUUUUUGCAACGACUUCGGGACGAGUUUUGGAGAAAGUGGAGGAACAACUACCUGCAAUGUUCAACCUGGAAUGAUUGUGCUUCUGGAAGACCAAAACUUGCCACCAAUGAGCUGGAAAUUGGGGAAAAUUGUGCGGACCUAUCCCGGAUCUGA